CGCCGCCGUUGUCGCUCGCUCGCGUCCGCCCGUCGCAGCGAAAUGCCCUCGUUCCUGACCCAAGACCACCCGACAGUCUUCCCCAGCGGCAACGGCUCCGUCAUCAACCUCGACCACCACUUCAGCGCAAAGGACCAGGCGAAUGAGGCUUCCAUAACCGACGCCCGGUCCUACGCCGUCCAUGAGCGCUUCGACGAGAGCUCGACACUGUCCACGCGCGACUCGGACCUUUCGGACUCGCCUGUGCCCUUGGGCGACCUCGACCAGUGGCACGACGACGCCAGCGCAAACGAGACACGUCCGACCAGCAUGAGCUCGCUCUCCAACGGCAAGAGCCUGCCCGGCGGCUACGGUGCUCACGACGUGGCCUUGGACGUGCACGAUGUCGACCGCGCCCUGACCAAUGGCGCCGCCGUCUCCCCUUGCCAGCGCUCGGCCGACCAAUCUCGCAUGCAGACGACGUCCGCCGGCCAGAACCAGAACCAGAGCCAGAACGACAACGACGAACACAAUCAGAACCGCAACUACAAGGCUCCGGGUCAGAGGAGCACCCACGACGGCGUCUCUGCCUCUGGCUCUCUGGGACGCCCGACGCCGCCCCCCACAGACACCGACUCGCACAGCCCGCCCCAGCCUUGGACGCCGUCCCUGACGCCUGCAUCGCCCAUGGCCUCCGACCCGGCCCUACCGCAGCAGUCCAACGGUAACGUUAACUUCAAUAGCAGCAGCGUCAACCCCCAGCGCUUCUCGUCUCCCGCUUCUUACCAGCCCAGCGGCUCCAACUCGGCACCCUCUCUAUCUGCACAUUUGCAACCCCCGGGGCCCGGCAUGGGCAUCAAACAGAGACACACGCUCGAGGUACCAAAGCCGCCGUCGGGUAGAAACUCGAGGGAACUCGACACCGCCCAGGCCAGCGGACGCUUCUCGCCCACCGUCGCCAGCCCUUCAGGCGGUCGUGCCGCCUCCUUCAGCCUGGCUCGCAGGACGACGAGAUCCAUGCAGUCAGACGCUCCCCGGGACGAGAUUGUGCACGACGAAGAUGCCCAGCGAUGGGCCGAAGUAUAUCGACAGAAGCGCGCCAGCAAGAAGAAGCGGAAGGAGGAGGAGGACGAUGACCGCGUUUUGGUGGGCACCAAGGUCGACGAGAGCCACGCCAACUGGGUAACGGCCUACAACAUGCUUACGGGCAUUCGUGUAUCUGUUUCGAGGACAAACGC